GGAGGAGGAGGUGGUGCCUUUUUUUUCUAUUUUUUUUAUUUUCUUCAACCUUGGGCGCACUGGACUUGUUGUUGUUUUUUUCUUCUUCUUCUUCCGUCAAUAAAGAGGAGACGUGAAAUGCCGCAGCGGAGGACAAGAAGGUCCCUCUAACCUCACUCAAAAGGACGCCAUGGAGGCCCGCCCGCUCAGCUUUACCACGCCGUGAACCCGCCGGACCCCCCCGUUACCUUUUCCUUGGCUUUCCGAGGAGGAGCCGUCGAUCCGAGCGCCUCUCCGGCAUCAAACCCUAAACACAAGCCAGACGACACAAAAGCGAGGAUGUGGCGAAGGUCCGAGGAGAUGCCGACGGACGUGUGGAUGUCCUUGCUGCUGCUGUGGAUUACUUCCCUUCCCUGCGUGGCCCUCGCCCCCCUGGGGGGGCCGGCGGCGAGCGUUCCCGGCGAAGGACCGCGCCUGCUGAGCCGCGCCAAGAGAGGAUGGGUUUGGAACCAAAUGUUUGUGCUGGAGGAGUUCUCUGGACCCGAUCCAAUCCUGGUUGGCAGGCUGCACACAGACUUGGACGUGGGCGGCAAGCGCAUCAAAUACGUGCUGGCCGGCGAGGGGGCGGGCACCAUCUUCGCCAUCAACGAGCUCACGGGCGACAUCCACGCCAUGAAGAGGCUGGACCGCGAGGAGAAGGCCGAGUACACGCUCACGGCCCAGGUCGUUAACGCCGACACGGACGAGCCGCUGGAGCCGCCGUCCGAGUUCAUCAUCAAAGUCCAGGACAUCAACGACAACCCGCCGCAGUUCAUCGAAGGACCUUACAGGGCCUCCGUGGCCGAGAUGUCGGCGGUCGGUACGCCGGUGACCCGGGUGACCGCCACGGACGCCGACGACCCCGUCUACGGUAACAGCGCCAAGCUGGUCUACAGCAUCCUGGAGGGACAGCCUUAUUUCUCCGUGGACCCCAACUCGGCCACCAUCAAAGUGGCUCUGCACGGGAUGGACCGCGAGAUGAGGGAGGAGUACCUGGUGGUCAUCCAGGCCAAAGACAUGGGCGGUCACAUGGGUGGUCUGUCAGGGACCACCACGGUCACGGUCACGCUCACGGACAUCAACGACAACCCGCCCAAGUUCUCCAAAAGUGUGUAUGAGUUUGUGGUGUCAGAGGACGUGGGAGUGGGCCAGACCGGAGGCAGAGUGAAGGCCAACGACAGAGACGUGGGAGACAACAGCAAGUCACACUACAAGAUCCUGGAAGGAGACGACCAGGGAGUGUUUGACAUCAUCACUGACGACCUCACUCAGGAGGGAAUCCUGCGACUCAGAAAGGCCAUCGACUUUGAAAGCCGGAGGACCUACACGCUGAAGGUGGAGGCCGCCAACCUGCACUCGGAGCCCAGCGGCGGCGGGCCCUACAAGGACACGGCCACCGUCAAGGUCACGGUGGAGGACGCCGACGAGCCGCCCGUCUUCGCCAGGGCCCUUUACACGCUGCAGGUCCACGAGAACGCGCCCGUCAACACCGUCAUCGGCACGGUCAGCGCCAGGGACCCGGACACCAGCGGCAGCCAAGUCAGGUACCUGAUAGACCGCCACACGGACCUGGAGAGACAGUUCAACAUUGACGGCGACGACGGCGAGAUCACGCUGGCCAAGCCGCUGGACCGGGAGACGGACAUGUGGCACAACAUCACCGUCACCGCCACGGAAGUCCGAAACCACAGCCAGGUCUCCAGGGCGGUGGUGGCCAUCAGGGUCAUGGAUGUGAACGACAACGCCCCGGAGUUCGCCACGGAAUAUGAAGCCUUUCUGUGUGAGAAUGGAAAACCAGGACAGGUGAUCCAGACCGUCAGCGCCGUGGACAGAGACGACCCCAUCCAGGGACACUACUUUGAGUACCGCCUGGUGCCGGAGAUGCUCAAUAAUCCCAACUUCACCAUCAAGAACAACCAAGAUAAUUCCAUCAGCGUCCUGGCCAAGCACGACACCUUCCGCCGGCAGAAGCAGGAGAUGUACUUCCUGCCCAUCAUCGUGACGGACAACGGCAGCCCGCCCAUGAGCAGCACCAACACGCUGACCAUCCGCGUGUGCGGCUGCAGCAAGGACGGCGUGGUGCAGUCCUGCAACGUGGAGGCCUACGUGCUGCCCAUCGGCCUCAGCAUGGGCGCCCUCAUCGCCAUCCUGGCCUGCAUCAUCUUGCUCCUAGUAAUAGUGGUGCUCUUCGUCACGCUGCGGCGGCACAAGAACGAGCCGCUCAUCAUCAAGGACGACGAGGACGUGCGCGAGAACAUCAUCCGCUACGACGACGAGGGCGGCGGCGAGGAGGACACGGAGGCCUUCGACAUCGCCACGCUGCAGAACCCGGACGGCGUCAACGGCUACCUGCCCCGCAAGGACAUCAAGCCCGACCUGCAGUUCAUGCCGCGCGCCGGCCACCACUCGGGCCCCAACGGCGUGGACGUGGACGAGUUCAUCAACGUGCGCCUCCACGAGGCCGACCACGACGCCACGGCGCCGCCGUACGACUCCAUCCAGAUCUACGGCUACGAGGGGCGGGGCUCGGCGGCCGGCUCGCUCAGCUCGCUGGAGACGGCCUCGUCCGACUCGGACCAGAACUACGACUACCUGCGGGAGUGGGGGCCGCGCUUCAGGAGACUCGGGGAGCUCUACUCGGUGGGCGAGAGCGAGCGCGAGACCUGACGGCGGCCGCGCCCUUCCUCCCCUGCGCCGCCGCCGCCGCCUCGCGAGCUUUUAGAACCGGCGGCUUUCUUUUCUACCCCUUCCUUUUAGCGCGUCGCCAUCGUCUUCGUCCCGCCAUCUUUACUCGGACUUUCUCGUGGGCUGUAGCUUAGAUUCCGUGGUGGUGUUUUGGGUGUUAGUCGUCAAAAGCGGGACUUCCGGGGACUUCCGGGGACACGUGACUUGUGGGGACCGACGCCACACACAGCAAUACUUGGGCGACAUCACUUCGAUGAAUGUACCUCGGCUUUGGCGCUCAUCUUCUUUUUGGCGCCCACAUUUAUAAACUGUCUCUCUCUCUCUUUCUCUCUCUAACUCUCUCUCUCUCUCUCUCUCUCUCUCGCUUUAUACGACGCCUCUUUGUACCUGUGCCGGCCCACAAGAGACCAGGUGGGGACUCGCACUCUCAAAGACCACAAAUGUAGAAACUCUCGAGGCCUUCUUUUUACAGAAGCAAGUUCAACACAAUUGUAAUCCACUUGUUUUUUGGGUUGUUGUUUUUUUUUUCUAUUCUAGAUCCGCUCUUGAAUACCGCACUGACCCCCACACCAGACUUGAGUUUUC